AUGAUGGGCUGCGGCACCAGCAAGGUGCUUCCGUCCCCAAAGAAUAUGGAUAAUCAUCCUAACAAUAAUAAUAAUCUGAAGAAGAAGAGCGACGUGAGCGUGAUGCAGUCACUGGUGGCCUUCACCAAAGAACGCAACUACCACAAGGAACCAAAGAAGAACAACUCUGGCUGGUUUUCCACAAAAAGCAAGACUCGAAUUUCUUCAGGACAAACGGUGAUGAAAGAUGAAAAGCAGUACGAGGAAAGAGGCGACACAUAUAAGGCCAAGUUUGAUGUUCGAGUCACUGCCAGAUACCACAUCAAGGCGCUGAUAGGCCGCGGCAGCUUCAGCCGGGUGGUGCGAGCCGAGCACAGGACCAGUCGUCGACCCUUCGCCAUCAAGCUGAUGGAGGCGGAGGCCCCCCAGGCCCGGGAGGUGUGCGCGGCGGAGCUGGCGGUGCUGCGGCGGGUCCACCACCCCAACGUGGUCCGCCUGGUGGAGGUGUUCCAGGGUCCGAGGCGGGUCUACGUGGUUCUGGAGCUGGCCACGGGUGGGGAGCUUCUGGACCGGGUCGUCAGCAGGGGGCGCUACACGGAGCGGGACGCCACCCAAGCCCUGCGCAUGGUCCUGGCCGGGGUGGGCUACCUCCACUCGCUGGGUAUCACCCACCGAGAUCUGAAACCAGAGAAUCUUCUUUACUACCACCCUGGCGUCGACUCCCGCCUGCUGGUGACCGAUUUCGGACUGGCGACGUUUGGAGGCGCAGUGGCAUCAGCUAUAAGUGAGAGUGCCCAAAGUGCGGAUGUUACCGGGACCAGCAGCACGUGGUCCUUAAGAACCACAUGUGGAACCCCGGAGUACAUGGCCCCAGAAGUGGUGUUGAGGAAACACUACUCCUGCGCCGUGGACAUGUGGGCUGUGGGGGUGAUCGCCUACAUCCUACUGAGCGGGUCCAUGCCCUUUGAGGACGACACCCGAACUCGGCUCUUCAGGUCCAUCGUCAGAAGGAAGUACAGCUUCCGUGGAAACCCUUGGCCCUUCGUGUCCGAUCCCGCCAAGGACUUCAUCUGUGCUCUGCUGGAAUUGGACCCGGACCGCCGUCUGAGUGCCGAGCAAGCCUCGCGACACUCGUGGAUUCUCAGCGCAUCUUCCGCGCGAAACCUCCAGCGAUCCAUCUCCCGGAACUUGCGGCAGCGGGAGUCCCGGAACUCUUCGCGUUGUAAAGGCAGGACGACGAACUCGGCGGCGGAUGUCCGUUCGGUAUCCAAACGUCCUGCUCGAGCGAUGGAUCGGUGA